GGAUGGCGAAGCUUUCUCCGGUGGCUCAAUGAUCUGCCAAACUUCACCAUCGUGUGGGGAAUACUUGGCCUGAACGGCAUCGUGUACCUGAUGUGGAAUUGGGCUCACGUCCAAUACAGGAGCACAGGCGACCCGAGUGGCCUGUUCAAUAUGAUACGCAACUUCACAGUGAGUGCGCAAAACUUGAGCGCGGGCCGAAUAUGGACGCUCCUGACUGCCUGCUUCUCCCAUGAAGACACAACGCACAUCUUUGUGAACGCGUUCACGUUCUACUUCAUGGCGCCCACCGUGCUUCGGCUGUUGGGAAACGUACGUUUCCUGGGCUUCUACAUGGGUGGUACCCAGCGGUCAGUCUUCUCUCGUCCUUCGGUCCCCCACAGCGAUCUCACCUUGUCUACGACAGGUGCGAUCUACUCUAUCGUGUCUUUCUACGCGUGCGUCGCACCCCGAUCACAGAUCCUCCUGUUCGCCAUUAUCCCGCUACCCGCGUGGGCCUUCGUGACGGGCAUCUUCCUCUGGGACGGCUACAGCGCCAUGACGGACAAGGCGAGCACGUCAUCUCUACCGAACGACGCUGAUGCUAACUGCCUCACAGCGCAAUGGCACGGACGCCGCUGGACACAUUGGAGGCAUUUUGGCUGGCAUUGCGUACUACCGCUUCCUUCGUAG